CGCGAGGCCGUCUACGGACGAAGGUUAGAGUUGUCCUGUAUCCUGCUCAAGAUGAACUUGCCCGACGUGACCUCCUUUCUCCCCACAGAAACCGCCCCGCUCCUACAGGAUGUAGACCACCCCGACGCUGACGAACAGCCUCCGCAAUCAUCCUUCAUGUCUAUCUUGCAGGAGCCAUUGACACCGCUCACUAAAGUGCUACUUGUGGUCGCCCUAUUGUUCUUGCUAUUGAGCUCCGUCUUCAUCGGUCUGUUCGCCGGCGCGCAACAUAAGCUUAACACGGGCCAUGGCGGCGACUCGCCCGUCACAGUCACGUCCACAGUCUACGGGACUGCGACUCAGACUCAGACGCAGACUCAGACACAGACCGCGACCUCUACGUCCGUUUCGACGAGCACGGUGAGUGUACCUGGCCCUGUGCCGACCGGUCCUCCGGAGGAGCCUACAUGCCUGUCUUCAGACUGCAUCAUUCUGUCGUCGUCAAUCCUCUCCUCGUUGGACAUUAGCCAAGAUCCCUGUGAGAACUUCUAUGACUUCGCCAAUGGUGGCUGGCUGAAGACGCACCCAAUUCCAUCUGACAAGGGUGUCUAUGGCAACUUCGAAGCCCUUGCGCAACAGAAUCGCAGGGUGCUUCAGGAGAUUCUCACAUCCGAUGCAUACGUCUCACCGUCCACGCUAACUACGUCGCAUGACGAGCAGCUCAUGAAGAAGCUACGUGGUCUAUAUGCGUCCUGCAUGGAUGAGGAUAAGUUGGACGAGCUUGGCUCUGAGCCUCUAGCGACUGUCACGUACAAGAUCAGGAGGUUGCUUUACGGCCAAACUACUACAGUCGACGCCAAGGCAGCCCGGGUUCUGGAGAGGAAGGUGACUGGGCUGACGGCGGCCAUUGCUUAUCUUCACACUCGGGGUAUCGACGGUCUAUUCUCUGCUGAUAUCGAGGGCGACGUCGGCACUGACCCCAACUUCAUGACACUCUGGUUCAGUCAGCCCGAGCUUGGCCUCCCUUCCAAGGAAUACUACGAAGAGGAGUCUUUCGUCGACCUUUACCAAGAGGUCCUUGAGCGCCUUCUUGUUACUCUCGCGGAGGAAGAAGAAUACAUCGGUAGUCGCGAAGUCUCCAUGCCUGUAAGUGGCGAAGUUGUCUACCAAGAGCGCUUGCGCGUAUGGCCACCUUGGCCUUGGCCGCCAUGGGGCGGCGAUGACGAUGGCGACCACGACGGCGAUGACGAUGAGCCCGAACCUAUGGAUCCCGAGAAGGCUCACAAGGUGGCGAAGGAUAUCAUCAAGUUCGAAAAGGCCAUUGCCAAUGCCAGUCUGGACCUUGACAUCCUGUUCCAAGACCCCAUUGCGACCUACAACCCUGUCCCAGUUGACAACCUCACGGCGCAGCUCCCUCAGAUCGAUUUCCCGGAGUACUUCGCAGCAUUUACUCCGCGCAACUUCCCGAACACCGUCAUCCUGACGUCUGUGACGUACCCGUCGUCCUUGUCAGCCAUUCUCAAUGAGACGACUGCCGAGACAUUGGAAGGCUACCUCGUGACGCGUGCGGCCCUCGCGCUGGCACCAUACCUCGGGUAUGACACAGAGGCGUGGAAGGCCGUGCGUAGCUUAGAGGAGCGCCUGAAGGGCUUGAAGAAAGGCGCCGUAGGCGACCGGGCGGAAUUUUGCACGACGAAUGUGGAGGCGGCUUUGGGCUUUGCUACUGGUCGGUAUUUCGUCAACGAGACGUUUGCAGGCGACUCGAAGAAGAAAGGCACCCAGAUCAUCAAGGACAUCAUCGAGACGUUCAAGAGCUCUUUGGGACACGUGGAGUGGAUGGACGAGGAGAGCGCGACUGCUGCCGCCGAGAAGGCCGACGCCAUCCGCGUGAAAGUGGGCUAUCCGCUAUCUCCGGACACUGAGAACCCCGCGUCGAUCACUGCAUAUUACUCGCGCGUGUAUAUCGAUUCUGAGGCCUUCCUCGAGAACAUUCUCAGCAGCAAUGCGAAUGAGGAGUACCUGACAUGGCAGAAGCUUGGCAAGCAGAGGGACCCUGAGACCUGGGAGAUGUACCCGUCGACGGUCAAUGCGUAUUUCAACCCGCCAGCAAAUGAGAUCGUGUUCCCCGCUGGAAUCCUGCAGCCCCCGUUCUUUUCCAGGGUUUGGCCCGGAUACAUGUCAUAUGGCUCGUUCGGACAGGUGGCUGCGCAUGAACUCACGCAUGCGUUCGACUCCGCCGGAAGACUGUACAAUCAGCAGGGAAAGCUUGAGCAAUGGUGGACGAACGCUACGAGCGAGGGCUUCAAAGAGAGGCAGGACUGCAUCGUCAAGCAAUAUUCCGAGUACACUAUCGAUGAUGGCAAGGGCGGUAAGAUCCACGUCAAUGGCAAUCUCACAUCCGGGGAGAACAUCGGCGACACCGGUGUCAUCCAAGCUUAUCGUGCUUGGAAGGCGCAGUAUGAUUCUGGUCUCGCCAACGGCAGCGAAUACCUUCUCCCUGGACUAAACUUCACGAGAGAGCAAUUGUUCUUCAUCUCAUUUGCUCGCGGAUGGGCAAGGAACAUAAAAACCGAGUCGGCGGUUGCCCGCGUUCGCACAGAUCCGCACUCGCCGAAUCAAUACCGCGUCGAUGGCACGGUGUUCAAUAUCCCAGAGUUUGCGACGGCUUUCAAUUGCUCAGCCAAGGCGAAGCUGAAUCCACCUACGGAGAACCGGUGUCUGUUCUGGUAGUGAACGAUAGCAUUAAUUGUGCACGCACAACUGUAUUCCGUCUGGAUAUAUUUAUAUGCUAUCGUAGUCCGAGACUAGCACUGUCAUGAGGAGCAGUGGAU